UAUGCAGCAGAAGCGGGCAUGGAACAAUGAAUGGGUGCACGGAUGUCUCAUUGUGUCGUGUUGACAUGGAUGGAACACACACGUGUGGGCGACAUGGAUAAUAAAAGUGGGUGGCUCUACACUCUACACAACUCUCUCUCAUCGACAUGGCAUAGCAAGACAAGACACCCCUCCCUCCCGUGUGCGUGUGCAUUCAUGUGUGUGCCGUGUCCGACUCAACUCAUGGCCGAACACUCCACCUAUGUGGGAUGGAGUAUUCCCGCAUGCGUCAACUGAACCAGACCACACCACAUGUGCACACCCCCCAAACUCUCAGACAGUCAGUCAGACGGUCAGAAGUACAUGUACCGCAACACUCCACUUCCACACACACACACAGCCACACACGCACACCGGUACGCAUCACGCACAGUAUGCAUGCACCAUGCCAUUCACACAACGAAGGCACCCGUCCGCCCCGUCUCGACGGGCAAAACACCCACAGAAAACUCGCGAAUUCCACUCCAUCUUGCCCAGUCAUUCUCUGAGCGAUGAUGCGUGGCAGCUGAUGAUCCUCUGAGGUGACGGCGCCGUCGAGGAAGCGUUGCUGCCGCUCAACGGGGUCGUGACCCUUGAGAUCAUGAGCUGGCCAGACAUCAUCGCACGGUUGGUUUCUCUCACUUGCACUCCCGCUUCAUGAAGUGUGAGCUCCCUCAAAAAUCCACCACCGAGCUGGCACUGAUCGAUAAAAGACAAUCAUGUGUGUGCAUGGGUGGCUGGGUGUGUGCUAUACAGGCAGGGUAGGUGGAUGUGGUGGGUGGGUGGCGAGGACAGCGAGGGCAUACAUCAAUCAAGGUCCAUGAGCAAAACGACACACAUCCCAUCCCACCCCAUCCCGAGCCGCCCUCGUGAGGUGCGAGCGAAUUGAAUGUCCUCACACCCACAAGGCACACACCAGAAUGAUUCAAAAGCUCUCACGGAAGAGUGUGUUGUGGAUGGAUGGAUGGAUGGAUACGCACGCCCACCGGCAUGGAUGUGUGUGUAUCACUGCGUGUGAUGUGUGUGAGAGCAGCGGCUCGCGUAGAGGAGGGGAGCGAGGUAGAAGGCAGCAAGAGACGCCACACGACCCAUCGAUCCACAUGCACACAUGAGAACUAGGCGCCACACAUGAUAACAUGGAUAUCGACAAGCUGCUUGACCACACACACACAGCCAUCCCAAAAAGCCAAAAUUUCCUUUGAGCGUUACCAUCCAUCCCAUCCAUCGAGGCAGGCAAUAAUCGUGAAGAAAUCAGAACAAAAAAGCCCCACACUCACCCCCCACACAGGCAUUUCCCCCUCACACACGCACAAGCCCACACGCACACGCACGAUGUCCUCAUUCAUCAUACGUGGAUGAAUUCGGCUUCACUUCUCUCUCUCUCAUCCGCCGCUGACGAGUCUGGCCCUGAGUGCGGCCCCGUCACAUGCCGCGGCGGUGGUCUUGUUGGCCUUGGAAGCUUGCGCCAUGUUGUCCUGCUUGAGGUGGUCGAUGCUCUUGUGGAACUGAGUGCCCUCCAACUUGUCCACAUACAGACAGGUGCGGGCCGUCACAAACAGCGCCUGCAGGACACACAUGACAAGACAACGACACACACGUGGUGUGAUGUGCUUUACCUCUGGUAUCUCUCUGUCUCUGCGUGAAGGUGUGUGGUCCACGCACCUCCCAGAUGGGCGUGGGGUCGUAUCUGUGCAGCGGCCCCAGCACCUUCUUGAGCGCCUCUGUCGCCUCCUUGGCGUGAUAAAAGGGAAUCCUACAAUGAAUGCACAGACAGACAGAAAGACACAGCCUCACUCCACAGACGCUCAUGUUGUUGUCCAUGUCGCUUUAGGUGUGUUUACAUACUUGGCAUCGACGUGGUGCAGGACGUGUGUGCUGCCGAUGUAGUGGUGCAGUUCAUCCACCACCCAGGGGUAGGGACGGUCGAUCGUAGACAGAGCGCCCCGCAGCCACGUGAACGCAUCGUCGCCAUAGUGGGGGCAAUCUGCACACACACACCACACGUACAGAAGCAAGGAACCGAUAGAGAAACAUUCUUUCCUUGUGGAUGUCUGUAGGUUUCUCCCUCCCUCGUACCAGGGUGUGUGUGCUGCAGCCAUGUGAUGAGCACCAGCCAUGCGUUGACGACGAGGUACGGACCCACAUACCACUGAAGCGGCAACCACCUGCACAUACAGACAGACACAUCCACCCACACCACAAGUUGCCAUCAGUCUCAGUCCAUCGACCAGCCAGCCCUUAGCUCCCUGCCUCCCUCCCUGACCAUGACGUCAUGGCCCCCCAGAUGACAUUGGCGGCGAUGACGGCCCCGCAGCCCAGCCCCGAUGCCGUCACCUUCCAUCUGAAGUGCGGCGGGAACCUCUCGUUGUCGGGACCGUAAAAAUGGCUGACCGGCCCAUUAGCGGCGUCGAGGGGUUCGCCCCUGUAGUUGACGCGGCCGCCACCGACGGUCGACGUGAGGUACAUGGGGUAGCCCAUGAGGAAAUACAACACGAUCUCGACGAUGGCAAACGCAUCCUCUCCAAUCAAGUCACUGCCGUACAGAGGGAGGGAAAGAAUGGACAACCGUGUAAUGAGAGAGAAUGUGAGCUUGUCUGUCAGCUCAGCUUACGCCAUCUUGGUGAGUUGGAAGGUGCUGUUUGGCGAGUGGACCUCCUCCUUGAGCUCGGGUGUGUAGGAGUCGCCGCGUGUCAUGUGGUUGGUGAACUUGUGGUGCUUGGCGUGUGUGUACUGCCAGCUCCAGUAGGGCACCAGCAGACAGCUGUGGGCAAUGAACCCCACGGUGUCGUUGAUGGCCGUCGACUCCGAGAAGGCUCCAUGACCACACUCGUGCGCAAUGAUCCAAGGACCGAACGCUAUCGUGCCCUAAUGGCAUCAACCAACGUCAUCAGCAGGCAUCAUGGUGCGGUGAGCUGUGUGAUGGUCUGUGUGCCCUGCCCGGCUCACUUGCACGAUGGCGUAUGUGGUCCAAGCGAGUGUCCUCAGCAGCCAGUUGUGGCCGCACACCAGGGGGACGAGGUGGUACGUCAGCCAUGCCGUCACCGCCAGGAAGAGCACAUCGCGACUCAGGUACAACUGCACCCCACCCCUCCACACACACCGUGUCAUGACGGCUGCAGUAGCUAGUAUUUCCGCUCACUGACCAGUCCAGUGACGGCAGAUCUCUUGCGGCAGUGUGGGGGGAUGGCGUCAUAGAUCUCCUUCACCGUGGGCACCUGGCAACACACACGCAGGUAGGUAUGUGCACUGACUGAUGACGCCCCUCCCACUCAGCUCUGCUCGUCUCUGCAUCGCACCCACCUUUGGCAGGUCCUCUUUGGCGUCCACCAGGUCGAGCGGGGAGGCCACAGCGUCCACAUAGCUGCUGUCGCUCCUGCACACACCAAAGCACAAAAACAAGAUGUCUGCUGCCUUGCUGACUGCCCCAGAGCCACUGCUGCUCACCUGACAGGCCGAGUGACGACGCGCUCGUGGAUCCUGAGGCUGUCAGACAGCUCAGAUCUUCCGCUGGCAGGGCCGUCAGACAGCUCAGGGGGAGGCGACAUGGCGGCGCGCAGCUGCGUGUGCUGUCAGGCCUGCCUGUGCUCUCUGUCUCCUCUUUGCC